UAGCUCAGAUCUGGCAACCCUGCUCUCAGGGUAGAACGGAGGGUGUGGAAUGAAUGCGGACUCUUUCUCUUUACAUUUCUUCUUCUUUAAAAAAAAAAAUCUAUACAAGAAUUAAUUUUGUUCUUUGUAUCACUGACAGUUAUUUUUUAAUAUAAAUAGUUUUUAUUUUGCGCCUGUGUGUCAGUAUGAAUUGCCCUUUAGUUGUUUGUGCCCAGGAGAGCUUCCUGACAGUUUGUGGUGAGACAGUGUGUGUAUGAAUGAGGCAGCACCAUGGCUGCGAUGAUUCCGCCGGUGAAGCUGAAAUGGUUGGAGCAUCUGAACAGCUCAUGGAUUUCAGAGGACAGCGAGUCCAUCUCAACGCGAGAGGGCGUGGCUCUGCUCUACUCCAAGCUCCUGGCUAAUAAAGAGGUGGUGCUGCUUCCUCAGCAGGUUCUGUGUCUCAAAGGUCCCCAGCUGCCUGAUUUUGAGCGUGAAUGUCUGUCAUGUGAUGAACAGGAGCACUAUCUGGACGCACUGCUGGCCAGUCAGCUGGCUUUGGCCAAAACCGUGUGUUCGGACUCUCCAUUCGCGAGCGCGCUGCGCAAACGUCUUCUGGUUCUACAGCGUGUCUUUUACGCUCUCUCCAGUAAAUACCACGACAAGGGCAAGGCGAAGCAGCAGCAGCACUCAGGCGAGAGCGCGCUGAGCUCCUCUGAGCUGCAGGCGGCAAGCGAGCGGCCACGAUCGAGUACAGAUGCGCUAAUUGAAAUGGGCGUACGCACCGGUCUGAGCUUACUGUUUGCGCUGCUGCGUCAGAGCUGGGCCCUGCCCACCGCCGCCCCCGGUCUCAGUCUCUGCAACGAUGUCAUCACCACGGCGAUUGAGGUAGUGGGAUCGCUGCCUCCACUGUCACUAGCCAACGAGAGCAAGAUCCCGCCCAUGGGCUUAGACUGUCUGGUGCAGGUCACCGCCUUCCUGAAGGGUGUGAUUGCCUGCCAGUCCGGGGCGGACGUGGUGGGGCGGAGACUGGCCUGUGAGCUCCUCCUGGGUUUAGCGGCGCAGAGAGGAUCGCUGCGUUAUCUGCUGGAGUGGGUGGAGAUGGCACUGGCUGCCUCGGCCGGAGUCAGCAGCCUCGCGCAGAACCAGGAAGGCCUGAUGGGAUACGACUGCUUCAUGAACAUCCUCAUGCAGAUGAGACGAUCGCUGGGUUCAUCGGCAGACAGGAGCCAGUGGAGAGAGCCGACACGGACUCCAGAUGAUCUGUGCUCUCUGUAUGAAGCAGCACUCUGCCUCUUUGAAGAGGUCUGCCGCAUGGCAUCGGAUUAUUCGAGGACGUGUGCGAGUCCAGACAGCAUCCAGACAGGUGAGGCGGCCAUGGUGUCUGAGACGUGUGAGGUGUACGUGUGGGGCAGUAACAGCAGCCACCAGCUUGUGGAGGGAACGCAGGAGAAAAUCCUUCAACCCAAACUCGCGGCCAGCUUCAGUGACGCACAAACGAUCGAAGCUGGUCAAUAUUGCACGUUCGUCAUCGCCUCUGACGGUUCUGUUCGGGCUUGUGGAAAAGGAAGCUACGGCCGCCUGGGUCUGGGUGACUCCAACAACCAGUCCACGCUGAAGAAGCUGACCUUCGAACCUCACCGUGCCAUCAAAAAGGUUUCCUCGUCCAAGGGCUCGGACGGUCACACGCUGGCGUUCACGAGUGAAGGGGAAGUGUUCAGCUGGGGCGACGGAGACUACGGCAAACUGGGACACGGCAACAGCUCCACACAAAAAUACCCCAAACUCAUACAGGGACCCCUGCAGGGAAAGGUGGUGGUGUCUGUGUCGGCCGGCUACAGGCACAGUGCAGCGGUUAGUGAGGAUGGGGAGCUGUACACCUGGGGAGAAGGUGACUUUGGAAGACUGGGCCACGGCGAUAGCAACAGCCGUAACAUCCCCAUGCUCGUGAAAGACAUCAGUAAUGUAGGCGAGGUGUCCUGCGGCAGUUCUCACACUAUCGCGCUGUCGAAAGACGGACGCACUGUUUGGUCCUUCGGAGGCGGAGACAACGGUAAGCUCGGUCACGGUGACACCAACCGCGUGUACAAACCCAAAGUGGUGGAGGCUCUGCAGGGGAUGUUCAUCCGUAAAGUGUGCGCCGGAAGCCAGUCUUCUCUGGCCCUCACCUCUACGGGACAGGUGUACGCGUGGGGUUGUGGUGCAUGUCUGGGCUGCGGAUCCUCCGAAGCCACCGCUCUCAGACCUAAACUGAUCGAGGAAUUGGCCACCACCCGUGUUGUAGAUAUCUCUAUAGGAGACAGUCAUUGCCUGGCUUUGUCACAUGAUAAUGAAGUUUACGCCUGGGGAAAUAACUCGAUGGGUCAGUGUGGUCAAGGCAACUCAACCGGUCCCAUCACCAAACCCAAGAAGGUGAUUGGUUUAGAUGGAGUGGCCAUUCAGCAGAUUUCUGCAGGCACCUCCCACAGCCUGGCCUGGACCGCCCUUCCCCGAGACAGGCAAGUGGUGGCAUGGCACCGGCCGUACUGCGUGGAUCUGGAGGAGAGCACUUUUGCUCAUCUGCGUUCGUUCCUGGAGAGAUAUUGUGAUGGCAUCAAUAACAAAGUCCCGCCGCUGCCCUUCCCUUCCUCCAAAGAGCACCAUAACUUCCUGAAGCUGUGCCUGAAGCUCUUAUCCAACCAUCUGGCUCUGGCGCUGGCAGGGGGCGUGGCCACUAGUAUCCUAGGAAGACAGGCUCGGCCUCUUCGCAAUCUGUUGUUUAGAUUGAUGGAUGCAUCAGUACCUGAUGAGAUUCAGGAGGCGGUCAUUGAGACUCUAUCUGUAGGUGCCACCAUGUUGCUGCCACCUCUGAGGGAAAGAAUGGAGCUUCUGCACUCACUCCUUCCUCAAGGACCUGACCGCUGGGAGAGCCUCUCUAAAGGACAGAGGAUGCAGCUGGACAUCAUUCUAACCAGCCUCCAGGACCACACCCAUGUGGCAUCUCUGCUGGGCUACAGUUCUCCUCCGGAGGUCUCCGAAUCCCUCACACUGUCCUCAGACCCCACGCACACACCGGACACACACCCCGACACACACCUCGCCGAGAUCCUCAUGAAGACUCUCCUCAGGAACCUGGGCUUCUACACGGAUCAGGCGUUUGGGGAGUUGGAGAAGAACAGUGAUAAGCAUUUACAGGGAACAUCUUCAUCUGAUAACAGUCAGCCCGCUCACCUUCACGAGCUCCUCUGCUCUCUACAGAAACAACUGCUGGCCUUCUGCCACAUGAACCCUGUCACAGAGGACUCCAGCAGUGUGGCCCUUCUCCAUAAACACCUGCAGCUUUUGCUGCCUCACGCCACAGAUAUUUUCACUCGCUCAGCCAUGCUUCUAAAGGAAAGUUCUGGAAAUGGCAGCGUGCGUGAGAAGCUACGAGAUGUGAUGUACGUGUCUGCGGCAGGGAGCAUGCUGUGUCAGAUCAUGACAUCGUUGCUGUUGUUGCCCGUGUGGGUGGCUCGUCCACUGCUGAGUUUCCUUUUAGACCUCCUGCCUCCGUUAGACCGCCUCAACAGACUCCUGCCAGCCGCCGUGCCGUUAGAGGACCAGGAGCUGCAAUGGCCAGUUCAGGGAAUCUCAGAGCUAGCAGAGCCGGGGUGUGUGUCCGGUCCUGCGCAGUCGUGGGUGUGGCUCAUGGAUCUGGAGCGCACGGUGGCUUUGCUGAUUGGGCGAUGCCUGGGGGGAAUGCUGCAAGGCUCCGCCCCUUCGCUGGAGGAAGAGCACACGGCGUACUGGUUAAAAACCCCGCUGUUCAGCAAUGGCCUGGAGACAGACAUACCACAGCUAGACUCCUGUAUUGGUGCUCUUCUGGAGGUGGCUCUGUGUGGGAACGAGGAGAAGAAGCCGUUCGACUGCGCACUGCGAGCUGACAUGGCCGUGUUAGUGGACCUGGCCCUCGGAUCCACUAAAGAGCCCACACACAGUCUGUGGACCAACAUGCUGGACUAUGCCAUCAGCAAGGACUGGGACAGUGCGAUGCUGAGUAACGAGGCUUUGUUAGACACCGUCUCACGCUUUGUUCUGGCGACACUGCUGAAACACACAGGGCUGCUGGGCCAUGCCUGCGGAGGGGGCAGGUAUCAGCCGUGUAAACUGUUGGCUGAAGUGUACCGGAGUGUGUAUAAGGUGCGGAAUCGCUUACUGGCCUGCAAGAACAUGGAGCUGGUCCAAACUCACUCUCCAUCCAGAGAGCGCAGGAUCUCUGAGAAUGUGGACUCUGUGGAACUGGACCCACAGGAACACGCUUUCACUCGCACCAUCGAUGAGGAGGCAGAACUGGAGGAACGAGCCGACCGAGAGAGAGAGCGAGAGGACAGCCAUCAGGAACAGGAGGAUGAGGAGGAGAGGGAGCAUGAGGUCAUGACGGCAGGAAAAAUUUUCCAGUGUUUUCUGUCUGCGCGGGAUGUGGUGCGAAGCCGAGAGCGAACUCGCACAAACAGCGUCGGUAUCCCAGACGAGUCUGUUCAGCCCGGCCAGGAGCGUAGGAACAGCGUCCCCUUACAGGACAGGCAAGACCUCUACACCACCUCCUGCAACGGCAUCAUACAUCGCUGUGCCAUGCUCCUAAUGGCCGUCAGCCCGACGCUCACGCACACCACCAACGAGCAGCUGGCUUUGAGCGGCACCAUGCAGGACGGGAGCGGAUUUAUGACCAGAAGCGAGAGUUUGUCGACGGAGAGUCGUUCCAUGCAGAGCGGUCCGAGUUACAGACUCACUAAAUCCAGAAGCGAGUCUGAUCUCUCCCAGCCUGAGUCUGAUGAAGAAGGAUAUUCAUUGAGUGGCAAAAGGAAUGUUGACCUGGAUUUGGCGUUCACUCACAAAAAGAGAGAGUUUGCACACAGUACUCCGGACUCUGCCGACUGGUUCGGCCGGCGUUUGGGUCGCGAGCGCCUGUACAGCUCCCCUCAGUCCUAUGAGGAGUCUGACUUGGACCUGAGCUGCACGCUGCACAUCCACACACUCAUCGACAACAUCGUCAGCUUUAUCAGCGGUGAUGUGGGAAACACGCCCGGAUUCAAGGAACCAGAGGAGAACAUGUCAACUAGUCCUCAAGCUACGAUUCUAGCCAUGGAGCAGCAGCAGGGCAGAGCAGAGCUGCGAUUAGAUGCCCUUCAUCAGAUUGUGGUUUUAAUCUCUGGCAUGGAGGAGAAAAACAGUCAGGCCGAAGCAGAGGGCGUGGUCGGGCAUGGUCCCGCCUCCUUUCACUCCGCAUCCUUACUGACAUCAGUCAGGUUGCAGUUUUUGGCAGGAUGCUUUGGCCUCGGUGCAUGUAACGGAGGAUUGAAGGGUGAGAGCGUCCAGCUGCACCACUACCAGGACGGCAUUCGAGCUGCUAAAAAGAGAUUACAGAUGGACAUUCAGACAGCGGUGCACAAAAUCUACCAGCAACUUUCCAUCACACUGGAGAGAGCUCUUCAGUCUAAUAAGCACCACAUAGAGGCUCAACAGCGGCUGCUGUUAGUGACAGUGUUUGCCCUCAGCGUGCGCUACCAGCCUGUGGAUGUUUCAUUGGCCAUCUCCAGCGGUCUGCUGGACGUGCUGUCUCAGUUGUGCGGUAAGGAAACCCUACUGGGACACACCCUCCAGCUCCUGCACAAACCUGCCGGCUCCCAGCUCAGCACAGCACUCAAAGUGGCCAGCACCAGACUACUGCAGAUCCUCGCCAUCAGCACCGGGACAUAUGCUGAUCGGUUGAGCCCUAAAGUGGUUCAGGCUCUGUUGGACCUGCUCUGCAGUCAGCUGAAGACUCUGCUGUCGCAAGCCGCAGGAAGUGUCCUCACUACAAGUCCAGAGUCUGAGGAGAAAACAGAUGAUGGCACAUACAACACGAAAAAAGACUUGAGGGCAUUACUGCGCAAGCAACACAUGGCAGAGCUGCAUCUUGGAGACUUUCUAGUGUUUCUGAGAAGAGUUGUAUCUUCCAAAGCCAUCCAGUCCAAGAUGGCGUGUCCUAAAUGGACUGAAGUGCUGCUUAACAUUGCAGUGCAAAAAUGCUGUUCAGGCCUUCCGCUCGUGGGGAAUUUGAGGACGCGGCUGCUGGCCCUGCAUGUCUUGGAGGCUGUACUUCCUGCCUGUGAAAGUAAUGUUGAGGAUCAUCAAAUGACCCAGGUGGUUGAAAGGUUGUUCUCUCUGCUGUUGGAUUGCAUGUGGGAGGCUCCCGUUGCUCAGGCUAAACACACCGUCCACCUGAAGGAGAGAGAGCAAGAGGUCAAACUCCAGGGUGAGGCAGAGGAGGAAGAAGAGAACCUGCCUGUUCAGGAAGUGAUCUUUGACCCUGAGAAGGUGCAGUGCUGUGUGGUGGAAAACGGACAAGGUCUGACACACGGCAGUGGCGGGAAAGGCUACGGCCUGGCUGCUACGGGCAUCUCAUCAGGCUGCUACCAGUGGAAGUUCUAUGUAGUGAAGGAGAACCGUGGGAACGAGGGAACGUGCGUAGGUGUAUCUCGCUGGCCCGUACACGACUUCAACCACCGCACCACGGCCGACAUGUGGCUCUACCGUGCUUACAGUGGCAACCUGUACCACAACGGGGAGCAGACACUCACGCUAUCCAGCUACACCCAGGGUGACUACAUCACCUGCAUCCUGGACAUGGAGGCUCGCACAGUGUCCUUCGGCAAGAACGGAGAGGAGCCCAAACUGGCUUUUGAAGACGUGGAUGCUGCAGAACUCUAUCCGUGCGUCAUGUUCUACAGCAGCAACCCGGGAGAAAAGGUCAAAAUCUGUGACAUGCAAAUGCGAGGCACGCCACGCGACCUUUUGCCCGGCGACCCUAUCUGCAGUCCCGUGGCCACCGUCCUUGCUGAAGCCGUGUCUCAGUUGGUGAGGAUCCUGCACCGCUCGGACGGCUGGACGCAACCCAUCAACCGGUGCAUGCUCCAGCGGCUGCAGCAGAUCCGUGGCUGUCUGCGCGACGGCGCUCCACCCUCAGGCGGCGCCAGACUCCGUAAGAGCCGCUCGGCUCAGAGCCGUGACGACCAGGACGAGGUGAAGGAAGAGGACAGGGAUGAGGAGCGAGGCAGAAGUGGCCGGGAGCUGACAGAGGUGCAGCUGCGUACGCUGUGUAACCUGAUAUGGCCCGUGCUGGCAGUGAUUGGAGGUGUGGACGGAGGGCUGAGGGUCGGCGGACGCUGUGUGCACAAGCAAAGCGGGAGACACGCCACUCUUCUGGGUGUGGUGAAGGAGGGCAGCAUGUCAGCCAAGGUGCAGUGGGAUGAGGCGGAGAUCACCAUUAGCUUCCCCGCUUUCUGGUCACCUAGUGACACGCCGCUGUACAACCUGGAGCCAUGCGAGCCGCUGCCAUUUGACGUGGCACGUUUCCGAGGUCUGACUGCUGCGCUGCUUCUGGACCUCACCGCUCUGGCUUCGCUGCAGGACGAUGGCACCAAGCUCUCAUCUUCCUCCUGCUCAUCGUCUUCCUCACGCCGCCACGAGCGCCGCCACUGGCACGAGCCUCAUGAACCAGAGACUGAGGACGGGCUGGGCGACCUGCGCGUCUCUCACAGUCUGGAUGAAGUGCGCUCCCACGCCCACACUGCUGCCCACCCCGAGCCACAAAAGGCCCCUGUGCUCACGGAGGUCCACGCUGUGCAGCUCUCCUACCUCUGCCUCGGUGCCAUGAAGAGCCUGAGCGUCCUGCUGAGCUGCAGCAAGUACGCCGAGCUCCUGCUCAUCCCCAAGGCGUUGCCUGACAGCGGCCACAACUCGGACUGCGGCAGUCCGAGCAUCAACGUCUCGCAGGAGGAGGCAGAGAUGCGCUCAGCGCUGCAGUUUCUCAUGAGACACAUGGUAAAGCGGGCCGUGAUGAGGUCACCGAUUAAACGCGUGCUGGGAUUGGCUGAACUGGAGCGGGCGCAGGCCAUGAUCUACAAACUUGUCGUCAAUAGUGUGUUGGAGGAGCAAGAGGGCGGGAGAGCCAAACAAUUGGAUGGUGAGUGUGAGGAGCUGGAAGGUGAACAGCAAUUCCAGACGCCGGUCACCACCUCACCUUCCGCCUCCAGCAGCACCUCAUUUAUGAGCUCCUCCCUAGAGGACACCACCACGGCAACCACGCCUGUCACCACGGCAACUACACCCGUAACCGAUGCUGAGACUGCGCCAGCCUCGGAAUCACCAGGAGUUAUGCCCCUUAGCCUGCUCAGACAGAUGUUCUCCAGCUACCCCACCACCACAUUGCUGCCUGCUCGGCGAGCUCAGACACCUCCAGUCUCAUCCCUGCCCACGUCUCCUUCAGAUGAACAUGGCCGGAGACAGAGUUUCACCUCUCCUGAGUCUCAGUCUGCAAGGCCUACCAACAGGACAGCGCUAUCAGACCCCAGCAGCCGUCUCUCCACGUCUCCACCUCCCCCCGCCAUCGCUGUACCCCUGCUCGAGAUGGGGUUCUCCCUCAGACAGAUAAUGAAGGCUGUAGAAGCCACAGGUACACGUGCGCGAGGUGAGGCCGAUGCUCAGAACAUCACCGUUCUGGCAAUGUGGAUGAUUGAGCACCCGGGCGCUGAGGACUCUGAGGAACGCACCAUGUCUUCUGACUGCUCGGGGGCAGCCGGAGGAGGCAAGAGUACGGAGAGGAGCUACCUGGGCUCACCUGGCGACAUUCCCAACGCGGACGCCGCAGAGCCAGAAGAGGGAUUCAGUGAGAGUCCUGAAGGAUUAGAUCAAGACUCCGCCUCUGCCUCCACUGGCCACGCCCCCCGUGGACGUUCGGUUGCCAGUAGGAAGCAUCGCUUUGAUCUGGCGGCACGCACUUUAUUGGCUCGUGCAGCUGGACUGUACCACUCGGUGCAGGCUCACCGCUCUCAGGUGCGCCGGGAGGGGUCAGCGCUGCAGCAAGACUCAAGCUCACUGGGCGGAGUUUAUGACUUCAACCUGGAUGAAGAACUGGAGCUGGAGUUGGAUCAAGAGGCGAUGGAGGCCAUGUUCACCCAGGAGCUCGCUUCAGACUCGGACAUCCUGGGAAUGUGGAUUCCGGAGGUACUGGACUGGCCAACAUGGCACGUGUGUGAAUCAGAGGAACGUGAGGAGGUGGUGGUCUGUGAGCUCUGUGAGGUGAACGUGUCCAGCUUCAACCAACACAUGAAGAAGAGCCAUCCAGGCUGCGGGCGGAGCGCCAAUCGACAGGGUUACCGUAGCAACGGGUCCUACGUGGACGGUUGGUUCGGGGGCGAGUGUGGGAGCGGGAACCCGUAUUACCUGCUGUGUGGCAGCUGCAGGGAAAAGUACCUCGGCAUGAAGAGCAAGCACAAAGGAGUGGUACCGGAGAGAUAUAAGGGCCAGGCUCCAGACCUGUUGGGGAAACAGGACAGUGUUUAUGAAGAGGACUGGGACAUGCUGGACGUGGACCAGGCAGAGAAGCUGACCGGUGAGGAGGAGUUCGAGCUGCUUUCAGCGCCGCUGGGACUCUCAGAACGCAAACCCAUCCCUGAGGCUGUUCACUUCCUUGACACAGACCCACUCGGAGCCUCUGUUGCCAUGGUCACCGCCACAAAUAGCAUGGAGGAGACCCUUCUGCAGAUAGGCUGCCAGAGUUCGGUGGAUAAGAGCUCGUCAGGUCGCAUGUGUUUGGGUGAGCAGGCGGCAGGACUUCAGAGUUCCACUGAUCGUAUGGUGGCACUGAGGAGAGUCACCGCAGCCGCUCAAGUCUUGGUGGCCAGAACGAUGGUGAUGAGAGCACUGUCUCUGCUCUCGGUCAGCGGUUCCAGCUGCAGUCUCGCUGCUGGACUGGAGUCCCUGGGUCUGACAGACAUUAGGACCCUGGUGCGUCUGAUGUGCCUGGCUGCAGCCGGUCGCGCGGGUCUUUCCACGGGUCUCGUCUCAGGCCCCGGCGCUUUAGAGCGGCCCCGUGGAGCCAACAAGCCCACCAAACCCAUCUCCUGCCUGGCCUAUCUCAGCACUGCAGUGGGCUGCCUCGCCUCCAACAGCCCCAACGCCGCCAAGCUGCUCGUCCAGCUGUGCACUCAGAACCUGAUCUCAGCAGCUACAGGGAUGAACCUGACCACAGUGGACGAUCCGAUUCAGAGGAAGUUCCUCCCUAGUUUCCUGAGGGGUGUGGCCGAGGAAAAUAAACUCGUCACGUCGCCAAACUUCGUAGUGACGCAGGCUCUGGUGGCGCUGUUGGCUGAUAAAGGAGCAAGACUGAGACCCGGUUACGACAAAGCUGAACUGGAGAAGAGAGGCCCGUUAGAGCUGGCCAAUGCGCUGGCGGCGUGCUGCCUCUCGUCCCGCCUCUCCUCACAGCAUCGUCAGUGGGCUGCACAGCAGCUGGUGCGGACGCUCGCUGCCCACGACCGCGACAACCAGAACCGACCUCAGACCUUUGCUGACAUGGCGGGCGACUUGCGCAAAUGUUCUACUAUCAAGCUAGAGGCUCACCAGGGCAGAGUGAUCUCCUGCGGGUGGUGUAAUAAGAAAGGUCUUCUGGCGACUAGUGGGAGUGACGGAACUGCUCGAGUCUGGAACGUGAACAAGAACCAGUACACUCUGCAGCAGACGUGUGUCUUUAACAGAACAGAUGGUUCCCCUGAGGAGUGUUCUAGCGGACUGGGUUCUCCAGGUGAACCGAGCCUGGCUCCCAUGGCCUGGAGCGUGAGCGGGAAGUUUCUAGCAGCAGCCAUGGAGAAAGUGGUCAACAUCUGGCAGGUUAACGGUGGUAAGGGUUUAUUGGACCUGCAGCCUCACUGGGUGUCGACGUUGGCGUGGCCAGAGAAUGAGGCGGGGUGUCUCUGGGCCGGAGAGCCUCGAGAGCUCCUAUUGGUCGGUCGCAUAGAUGGAACCCUGGGCCUGCUCGAGGUUCUAGAUGCCUCAAACAUGCAGAGAACCGAACUACUGCACUGCUACAGGAAAGAUGUGGCUGUGAUGAACAUCGCAUGGUACAGUGAGGAUCGGCCGUUUGCUGUCGGCUAUGCUGACGGAAAGCUUCUGAUUGGUUGUAAAGAAGCACUGGAGAAUGGAUCUGUAGUCGUCAUCGAUGCCCAUAAGGAAAGCAUCAGUUCCCUGCGCUGGGCUCCAGGUGGGCAAAUUUUAUUAAGCUGUGCCAAAGAAGAGACGGCGUGUCUGUGGGCAGAGUCUGGGGCGGGGCUCGGACGGAGCUGGGUGUGUCUCCAGAGCAUCACUCACCCGAGUGUGGUGAAUGCUGUGGCCUGGUGCAGUCUCUCCGGACAGGGACCGAAAGCCCUGAACAUGCUGGCCACGUGUUGUCAGAAUGGCUUGGUUUCUGUGUGGACUGUGCCUCAGGACCCCUCAGCCUUCUCUCAGUCCAGCUCGGCCAGCACAAAUGCGUGGUGGGAAACGGACUCCAAGUCGAAACCCAGGCUUACCUCACAGUGGCACGAGGCUGCAGUGUGUGUCUUCCAGCUGCGAGGUCACAUGACUCCGGUUAGGACAAUAGCGUUCAGUCCUGAUGGUCUCGCUCUGGUGUCUGGUGGUGUUGGUGGUCUCCUGAACAUCUGGUCUCUCCGAGAUGGCUCUGUGCUGCAGACGGUGGUUGCAGGUUCGGGAGCGAUUCAGAACACCUUGUGGAUCCCAGAUGUCGGAGUGGCCGUCUGUUCCAACCGCUCAAAGGAUGUUUUGGUCGUGAACUGCUCCACUGAAUUCAUGGCUGCUAAUCAUGUGCUAGCGACGUGCCGCACUGCGCUGAAGAAGCAGGGGGUUGUGGGAUUGAACAUGGCUCCCUGUCUGAGGACUUUCCUCGAGAGACUUCCCAUCAUGCUUCAGGAACAGUACGCCUACGAAAAGCCACAUGUGGUGUGUGGAGAGCAGCUGAUCCACAGUCCCUACAUGCAGUGUUUGGCGUCUCUGGCCGUCGGGCUGCAGUUGGACACGUUACUGUGUCGCCCCCCGGUGCCUCUUCACCUGUCCCACAGCCCCGCCCAGCCUGGCACCUCCUCUUCCUCCUCAUCCUGUCCUUCCACACUCCUGCACUCCUGGGGCAGCAGCGAGUGGGCGUGGCUACACUGCUUCUCCACCACUGUGAAGACGGCCGAGGCGCUCGCCCGUGGUCACACUUUCCCAGAAUCCUUCAGUGUGCCUGAUCUGGAACCCGUGGCCAAGGACAAGAUGGUGCUGCUGAUGGACAACAGCAAAUGGGCUCCUGGGAUGGACGAGCAGUUGAUGUCAUGGGCCACCUCCAGACCUGAGGACUGGCACCUGGGUGGGAAGUGUGACGUGUAUCUGUGGGGCGCAGGACGCCACGGUCAGCUCGCUGAGGCCGGACGGAACAUACUGGUGCCGACGCCUGCUGCAUCCUUCUCUCAGGCUCAACAGGUUGUGUGUGGGCAGAACUGCACGUUCGUGAUUCAGGCAAAUGGAACCGUGUCAGCAUGUGGGGAGGGCAGCUACGGCCGUCUGGGUCAGGGCAACUCGGAUGACCUGCACAUUCUCACCAUCAUCUCAGCGCUACAAGGGUUUGUAGUGACUCAGCUGGUCACGUCCUGUGGCUCUGAUGGACACUCGAUGGCUCUGACUGAGAGCGGUGAAGUGUUCAGUUGGGGAGACGGCGACUACGGCAAACUGGGCCACGGAAACAGUGACCGCCAGCGCCGGCCGCGCCAGAUAGAGGCUCUGCAAGGAGAGGAGGUGGUGCAGAUGUCGUGUGGGUUUAAGCACUCGGCUGUCGUCACAGCAGACGGUAAACUCUUCUGCUUCGGGAAUGGAGACUACGGCAGACUCGGCCUGGGAAACACAUCUAAUAAAAAACUUCCUGAAAGAGUCACGGCUUUGGAAGGCCAACAGAUCGGCCAGGUGGCGUGUGGACUAAACCACACAUUGGUGGUGUCAGCUGAUGGAUCGAUCGUCUGGGCGUUUGGAGACGGAGAUUACGGAAAACUCGGUUUGGGAAACUCGACCGCUAAAUCUUCACCACAGAAAGUGGACGUUCUGUGUGGAAUUGGAAUUAAGAAGGUGGCAUGUGGAACCCAGUUCUCUGUAGCUUUGACCAAAGAUGGAAAUGUUUACACUUUUGGCCAAGAUCGCCUGAUUGGUCUGCCGGAGGGACGUGCGCGUAAUCACAACCGCCCGCAGCAGGUCCCCGCUCUGGUGGGUGUGUUUAUUGAGGAUGUCGCAGUGGGGGCGGAGCAUACACUUGCACUGACGUCUACGGGAGAUGUUUAUGGCUGGGGGAGCAACUCUGAGGGACAGCUUGGUUUAGGCCACACCAACCACAUACGUGAACCGGCUGUCAUCACAGCUUUGCAGGGUAAAAACAUCCAGCAGAUUUCAGCAGGACGAUGCCACAGUGCCGCAUGGACAGCUCCGUCAGUGCCACCCAGAGCACCAGGCUCGUCCAUGCCGCUGCAGCUGGGUCUACCCGUGUGUGUUCCGCCACAGUACGGCGCUCUCAGAGACGUCAGCGUGGAGGCACUGAGAGCUCGGCUACGUCUGCUCUACCACUUCUCUGACCUCAUGUACUCCUCUUGGAGACUGCUAAACCUCAGCCCUAACAACCAGAGUUGCACAUCUCAUUACAACCCCGGGACGUGGGGUAUCGUACAGGGGCAGCUGCGCCCUCUGCUGGCGCCCCGUGUGUAUAUGCUCCCGAUGGUGCGCUCCAUCGGUAAGACCAUGGUGCAGGGCAAGAAUUACGGCCCUCAGAUCACCGUCAAGAGAAUCUCCACUCGCGGGAGGAAGUGUAAGCCCAUCUUCGUGCAGAUUGCUCGGCAGGUUGUGAAGCUGAACGCGUCUGAUCUCAGGCUGCCGUCUCGGGCGUGGAAAGUGAAGCUGGUUGGAGAGGGAGCGGACGACGCUGGAGGAGUUUUUGAUGACACGAUUACUGAAAUGUGUCAGGAGCUUGAGACCGGAGUAGUGGACCUGCUCAUCCCCUCUCCUAACGCCACCGCAGAAGUGGGCUACAACAGAGACAGGUUCCUGCUGAACCCCUCAGCGUGUCUGGACGAGCAUUUGCUGCAGUUUAAGUUCCUGGGCAUCCUGAUGGGCGUGGCCAUCCGCACCAAGAAACCUCUGGACCUGCAUCUGGCUCCGUUGGUGUGGAAGCAGCUGUGCUGCAUCCCACUGACGCUGGAGGACCUGGAGGAGGUGGACCUGCUGUACGUCCAGACGCUCAACAGCAUCCUGCACCUGGAGGACAGCAGCAUCACGGAGCAGAACUUCCAUGAGAUGAUUCCUCUGGACUCGUUUGUGGGUCAGAGUGCUGAUGGGAAAAUGGUGCCCAUCAUUCCGGGAGGAAACAGCAUCCCGCUGACCUUCUCCAACAGGAAGGAGUAUGUAGAACGUGCCAUAGAGUACCGGCUACACGAGCUUGACCGUCAGGUGGCGGCCGUGAGAGAGGGCAUGUCGUGGAUCGUGCCGGUUCCUCUGCUGUCGUUGCUGACGGCUCGGCAGUUGGAGCAGAUGGUGUGUGGUCUGGCGGAGAUCAGCGUGGAGGUGCUGAAGAAGGUGGUGCGUUAUCGGGAGGUGGAGGAGCAGCAGCAGCUCGUGCAGUGGUUCUGGCAGACGCUCGACGAGUUCUCAAAUGAGGAACGCAUGCUAUUCAUGCGCUUCGUCUCCGGUCGCUCGCGCCUCCCCGCCAACACAGCGGACAUCUCGCAGCGCUUCCAGAUCAUGAAGGUGGACCGGCCGUAUGACAGUCUUCCCACAUCUCAGACCUGUUUCUUCCAGCUCCGCCUCCCGCCCUACUCCAGCCAAUCAGUGAUGGCAGAACGGCUACGCUAUGCCAUCAAUAACUGUCGUUCGAUCGACAUGGACAACUACAUGCUGUCUCGGAACGUGGACAACACAGAAGGCUCGGACACCGACUACUGACUGAGCCUCAACGUACAAAGACGCAGUGAAAUCUGACUGGGCUCUUUUUUUUUUAAACAGCAAACAAAAAUCCACUGUUUUAAUUUUCACUUCUUUUAUUAGCCAUUAAAGCGGUCAUGUGAAGUUAACAGGGGCCACGGCAUCAAUUAGGAAAUAUUCUGGUCUCUUUCACAAGUCUUCUUGACUUUGAUGCCUCCCUUUCUUUUUUUGGCAUUAACACCCCCCCCCCCCCCCCCCCCCCCCCAAUUUAAUUACAAGAAAAUCUAAAAUUGAUAAAAAAGGAAAUUAUCUUGUACAUUUUGUGUAUAAUGCUUCAUUAGAAAUUGUUUUAAGUCCAUAUUUAUUUUUGUUUUAAUUUUGGAAUUGCCUCCACACCGUUUCAUAUAGUGAGACAAUUAAAAGCUUCAAACUUGA